ACACUUCAACUUCACUCUGCGACUGACUGCGUCCAUCUCCUCUUGCAUGUGUUUGUGUUCGUAAAUGUAAAUUGGGUGGUCAAAAUUAAGAAAAAUUAAUGUUUUUGUGUUGAAUUUCUAAUCAAAAUUGAUUUUACAAAAUCGUCAUAAUGUCUAAACGGAGGAUAGAAGUUAUAGAUCCAUACGUAACUAAGAAAAGGAGCUCUGAGGGGUCAUCAGAACCAGUCAGGCAAAUAAUUCCAGCUAUUAUUCCUCAAACAACACAGAAGAACAUGCAGAUCAAUCCAUUUACUGGUUUACCUUAUACUCCAAGGUAUCACGAGUUUCUUCGGAAAAGAAUUACACUUCCGGUCUUUGAAUAUCGGGAUGAGUUUAUGAAGUUGUUGGCUGAACAUCAAUGCAUUGUCUUGGUCGGAGAAACCGGUUCAGGAAAAACCACACAAAUUCCUCAAUGGUGUGUAGAGUACUCCAGGUCAGUAGGUAAGCGAGGAGUGGCCUGUACUCAGCCUCGUAGAGUGGCAGCAAUGUCCGUAGCCCAGCGAGUGUCAGAGGAAAUGGACGUUUGCCUAGGUCAAGAAGUUGGCUACAGCAUUCGUUUCGAGGAUUGCUCGUCAGCCAAAACUUUGUUGAAGUACAUGACUGACGGUAUGUUGUUGAGAGAAGGUAUGUCUGACCCAAUGUUGGAGAACUACCAAGUGAUUUUGCUAGAUGAGGCCCAUGAACGGACAUUGGCAACAGAUAUCUUGAUGGGAGUGCUCAAGGAGGUGGCAAAGCAGAGAUCGGACCUCAAGCUAAUCAUCAUGUCAGCCACUCUCGACGCUGGAAAGUUCCAGCAAUAUUUUGACAACGCACCUCUGAUGAAUGUCCCUGGCCGCACACACCCGGUGGAGAUAUUUUACACCCCAGAGCCAGAGAGAGACUACCUGGAGGCUGCCAUCCGCACAGUCAUACAGAUACACAUGUGUGAGGAGGUGGCCGGGGACGUCCUGCUCUUCCUUACUGGUCAAGAGGAAAUAGAAGAAGCUUGUAAAAGGAUCAAGCGAGAAAUUGACAACUUAGGACCAGAAGUUGGGGAACUGAAGUGUAUACCAUUGUACUCAACUCUGCCCCCCAACCUGCAGCAGAGAAUAUUUGAACCUGCGCCCCCUAACAAGGCUAAUGGAGCCAUUGGACGCAAAGUGGUUGUGUCCACUAACAUUGCUGAAACCUCACUCACUAUUGAUGGAGUUGUCUUUGUAAUCGAUCCUGGGUUUGCCAAACAAAAGGUAUACAAUCCUCGCAUUCGUGUUGAGUCUCUACUAGUGUCUCCCAUUAGUAAAGCUUCAGCACAACAAAGAGCAGGUCGAGCCGGUCGAACACGCCCUGGAAAGUGCUUCAGGUUGUAUACUGAGAAAGCAUACAAAAAUGAAAUGCAGGAAAAUACAUAUCCUGAGAUUCUCCGAUCAAACCUUGGCUCAGUUGUUCUGCAGUUGAAGAAGUUAGGAAUUGAUGAUUUGGUUCAUUUUGACUUCAUGGAUCCUCCAGCACCUGAGACGCUGAUGAGGGCGUUAGAGCUGCUCAACUACCUGGCAGCUCUGGAUGAUGAUGGCAACCUCACAGACCUUGGCUCUGUGAUGGCCGAGUUGCCGCUGGACCCUCAGUUGGCCAAACUGCUCAUCUCAAGCUGUUCACUCAACUGUUCCAACGAGAUUCUAUCCAUCACAGCCAUGCUGUCAGUCCCGCAGUGCUUCGUGCGUCCUAAUGAGGCCAAGAAGGCAGCUGACGACGCCAAGAUGCGCUUCGCUCACAUCGACGGAGAUCACCUGACACUCCUAAAUGUCUACCAUGCCUUCAAACAAAAUUCUGAGGACCCGCAGUGGUGUUAUGACAACUUUGUCAACUAUCGCUCUCUUAAGUCUGGAGACAAUGUGAGACAGCAGCUGAGUAGGAUCAUGGACCGCUUCAACCUCAAGCGUACUUCCACCGAGUUCACCUCCAAAGAUUAUUACAUCAACAUUCGCAAAGCACUUGUCACUGGGUUUUUUAUGCAGGUAGCUCAUCUAGAGAGGACAGGCCACUACUUGACCAUUAAGGACAAUCAGGUGGUUCAGUUACAUCCGUCCACGUGUCUGGACCACAAGCCAGAGUGGGUGGUGUACAACGAGUUUGUGUUGACCACCAAGAAUUACAUCCGCACAGUCACCGACAUCAAGCCUGAGUGGCUGUUGAAGCUUGCACCGCAAUAUUACGACCUACAAAACUUCCCUCAGUGCGAAGCAAAGAGACAACUCGAGAUCUUGCAGACCAGAAUGGAGACUCGUCAGUAUCAAGAAGGGUUUUAAACUGCAACCCCUUAUUACACUUAAAUUGAUUCCAGUUGAAUUUGAAUGUAUUGUGCCAAUUCAGGCUUGUUAAGUAAUUCAUUUUCAUGUGAUGGAUUACCCGAUCUCGAGUUCUCAUUUUUAUCUGUAUAUUCAGACUGCUGGUUGAUAGUUCAAACCUGAUGUUUUUAUUUAAGAAUGCCAGUUUUCUUUUGUUCUUUUUUGUCUCACUAAAUAUUAUCAUGAGAGCUUUGCACAUAGAAGAGUACGGUAAUGGUAAAUGGCCAAAGCAAAUUUGAGAUUAUGUGCUAUUUUUAGUCUUUAUGUAUCUGUACAGUUAUUGUAAAUGAAUUCUUUUGUUUAUUAAACUUUCUUUAACACUA